UUAACACCCGGAAAUAACAUCCGUUUCAAUUUGAAACUUUGGCGGCGUUUAAUUUGGCAGCACAGAAAAGGAGCAAAAAUGGAGGCCAGCAUGUCCAGACUUCUUGUUGGACUGUCUGUAAAAAUCAGUCGCAGUGAUGGUCGAGUUCAUCUGGCAAUGGUGAAGUCCGUGGAUUCCGUUAAGUCCACGGUAAUGGUUGAGUGGAAUGAAAGAAAGAUCUGCCGAGGAAAGGAGGUUGAAGUGAAUGAGUUAUGUAUACUCAAUCCUGAACUUUUGGACCAUAUAAAGGCUGUCACUAACCAUGCUGUAGACCCACCCUCUCCUGCUCCAGACAAGAAGUAUGAGGGCCGUCUUCGCUCAUCCAGGAUUCCUGCCCCUGCCUCCUCCUCUGCUCCAGCAGUCAACAAAGCUGAAGAGUCAGUUGCCAAUCGGUCUCAGACCAGGCAGACGUGUAUGUUCCAGGCCCCGGCCCCUGUUCCAGCACCAGUCCCCACCUCUGAGUCUGCGCAGGUGAACCUAGAGACGGUCCACCCUGAUGUCCCCUCUUCAUCAGUCCUGACAAACUCUGCGAUUCCUAAUCAGCAGCACAGAAAGAAUGAGGCCAAACCAGCUCAGUCGCUGCCUUAUGUGCGUGAGGCGAAAAAGGAAAAUGAUGAACCUGAGAGAAUGCCACCUGCACCUGCAGUGAAAGGCAGAAGAAAAUCAGUGGCUCCCCAAGAGAUAAACAAAGGCAACAAAAGGCUGUCUUGCGUUGUAAAGCCCUCUAACGUUCAGACCAAGAGGGGAAAGUUUGGGGAGGCUCCUCGACCAAACCAAAAGUUCUACGAGAUGAUCCAAGACUUCAGAGAGACCCUGGAAAUAAUCCCCUUAGCAACUACUGACCAUAUUGAACCUCACAGGAUUUGUGUGUGCGUUCGCAAGCGGCCCCUUAACAAACAAGAGAUUAAUAAAAAGGAGAUAGAUGUCGUGUCUGUACCUGGAAACGGUGCGCUGCUGGUCCAUGAGCCAAAACAGAAGGUGGACCUCACCAAGUACUUGGACAACCAAAUGUUCCACUUUGACUACUCCUUUGAUGAGACCGCCACCAACGACCUGGUCUACAAAUUCACAGCCAAACCUUUGGUGCAGUCUAUUUUUGAAGGCGGCAUGGCAACAUGUUUCGCCUAUGGCCAGACUGGAAGUGGGAAGACUCAUACGAUGGGAGGAGAUUUCACAGGGAGGCAGCAGAACAGUGCCAAAGGAAUCUACGCCUUGGCAGCCCAGGAUGUUUUCGCCUAUCUGAACCACAGGAGGUAUUCUAACCUGGAACUCUGUGCCUAUGUGAGCUUCUUCGAGAUUUACAAUGGAAAAGUGUAUGACCUGCUGAAUAAGAAGGCAAAGCUCCGUGUGCUGGAGGAUGACCGGCAGCAGGUCCAGGUGGUGGGCCUGGAGGAGGUCUAUGUGGCCACAGCAGAAGAGGUCAUCAAGAUGAUCCAGGCGGGCAGUGCGUGCAGAACAUCAGGCCAGACCUCCGCCAAUGCCAACUCAUCCCGCUCUCAUGCCAUCCUGCAGAUUGUCCUGCGGCGCAAUAACCGUGCCAACAUGCUGCAUGGCAAGUUUUCCCUCGUCGAUUUGGCUGGCAACGAGCGCGGCACAGACGUCAGCAGCAACGACCGCAGCACUUUAGUGGAGACUGCCGAGAUCAACCGCAGCCUGCUGGCUCUCAAGGAGUGUAUUCGUUCACUGGGAAUGAACAGCGAUCACAUUCCUUUCCGGAUGAGCACUUUGACCAAAGUCCUCAGGGAUUCCUUCAUCGGAGAAAAGUCCAGGACCUGCAUGAUCGCGAUGGUGUCACCAGGCAUGACUUCAUGUGAAUACACGAUGAACACACUACGUUAUGCUGACAGAGUGAAGGAACUGAAAGGCAACGCCAAGUCCAAUGGAGCGGCUAAGGCAGAAGAGCCUGUGAAUAGCUCCACAGAGGAGGAAUCUGUUGAGGACACCAGUGUAUAUGAUGCCAUAACCCAAGUGGCAGAGCUGGAGGAGAAGGUUUACACGGAGUUCCAGAGGGGUAAUGAACUCUUCAAUGCAAUGGGGCAGACCUCGUACAAUAUCGAGGCAGGACUUCCAGACCUGAUGGAUCACGCAAAGAAAUUACUGGACACGGUACUGGCUUUGCAGACUGCCGUGGACCAGGAGAGAAGGGCAAGGCAAAGCUUCUAAGAACCCACUGACCUACUCAUAAAUUGCAUUUAUUGAAAAUGUCUGUUUUAACAGCUUGAUUUUAAUGUGUUAAUGACUGUACUAAAUAAAUAAAAAGUUUUGGGACACUACUUCAUUUAACAUA